UUAUCUUUAUGGACCAUCAAAGCCGCUAUCCCGUGGGAAUUAUGGGCCAACUGUUGCUAAGCGAGGGGACGGCGGUUGCCGAGUAAUCACCGUUUCUCUCUUUCUCUCCUCAUCGCCUUCGCCCAGCGGGCACUUCCUAUCUUUUUAUAUUCUUUAGGACGCUCGUCGUUCUCUUCACCGUCGAGAAACCGCUGGAACCGGGCUCUACGUUUUUUUUCAAAAGCCCUCUUCGUCACUCCUCGUCAUGCUGCCUUUCCUUAUCUUGCUCUUUCUUUCGCCUCUCCUUGCCUUGGUCUCUGUCAAUGCAGUACCCGUAGCCCGUCAGUUAAAUGGAAAUGGUACUACCACGGUUCAGGUGGUUAAUGAAUAUCAGACUACUGCGGGCCUAAUGACGCAGACAUGCACAAUUACCCUCACCCCGACCACUGACGCCAAUGGCCAGGAUGCAUUCUUGGAGGUCGAGAGCUGCACAGAGUCCAUCAAUUCCCAGAAUAACGGCUCUUCUGGGAGUAGUGGUGCAUCAUCUGUCGCAUCUGCCACUGAUACUUCGACCACUGUGAACACUGCAGCUACGGCAUCAUCAACAGAUACUUCUUCGACACUGACUGUAACUGACGCAGCGUCCACAACGCAGUCGGCAGUUGGGGGUGGGGCUCUGUCGGUCAAUGGCUUUUCUUCGGCUACUCUCGACACAAGCGCCACUACCAGUUCAGACACCGCCACAGCUACAGCCGCAAGUAGUUCAGCAACCUCUUCAGCCUCAGCCUCAGCAUCGGCUGGUGGCGCAAUCUCUGUCAAUGGAUUCACUUCUGUGUCGGUGGAUUCGUCGAGUGCUACAUCUACCGCGGCCUCUGCCGGUACGAGUUUAGCGGCAGCUUCAGCAACAAUAGCAUCGGAUACUGCAUCCUCUGCAUCUGCUGCAGCUGCAGAAUCGUCAGAAACACAGACAACCGCUUUUACUCUCCCGGGAAAGGACUUGUCUGUUCUUCCCAUCGGUCUUGGUGUAUUUGCGGGUAUUUCAGUCAUUGCGCUCAUAGUGGUUGGUUUGGUCACAUAUGAGCGGACCAAGUAUCGCAAGGCGUUUAGGCAAAGAAAACUGGCUGAGUCUGGUGCUAACAUGGGAUACGGUGGCAUGGCCCAACGUUCCUAGAGGACAUAUUCCAAUUGCUUCAUCAUUGUGUUUUUAAUAUGAAUUUUCAUGCUUCAAUCCAUAUCUGGGUCAACUUGUUCUUUUCUUCUUCCUUUGUGCGAUUCUGGUCCAUCGCAACAGCCUGCUCGGGAUUGCUCUUUUACACUUCAUAUGAGUAGAGUACACCGUUUUGUACUUACUAGGUGUACAAAUUCGCCUUCGCGAUUAAUCAUCUAAGCCAAAUAGGGCUAUAUGCCUCCAGAAACUUGACA